GAGGCCAGAGCGACGUGGCGGCCCACGUCCUCUUCCAGCACCGCCACUUCCUGGCCGACGGCAGCGACGCCGCGCCGCGGGCGGCGCCACAGCUGCCGGCCGGUGUCCUCCAGGCCGUGGCCGAGGCCAACCCGGACCUGGCUGGCCUCGAGGCCGCGCUCGGGCGGCAGCUGGGCCGGCUCUACAGGACGCGGCCGCCUGCGCCGCGCCGACGCCUCCGCCCCGUGGGCAGCCCUGCCGGCGGCGGGGCGGCAGGAGGUCUUCCGGCUGCUCCUGGAGGAAUGGAGGAGCGCGCCGCGCGGAGCUCUCAGGACGUGGCGGCGGUAAGGAGCAAGACCAGCCGCUGGCCAGCCUGAGGCAGGCCCGGGCGCCUCCCUCGACUGGGCCUCCAGCGCGCAGGGCAAGCAAUAGAAGAAGAAGAAACCAAGCCAGUGCCUGCCGCGAGUGAAGCUCGAGCAGCGUCGGCACCCCCUCGUCCGAAUCGUAGCAGGAAGCGGCGUCUGCCUGACGGCAGGCGCUACCGGUCCAGCAGAGGGCUGGCGCCACUCUGUUGGUUCCAGACCGUUCCUUCUGCUGGGCAGUCACAGCAGUCGGUGCCCCCGUGGCCGCUGCAUACGGCGUCUCGCUCUCUCUGUCUCCUUUUUCCCUUUUCUGUGGCCAUGUCCCCACCUCUUCUUGCUUUGUCCUCUCCCAUCGGUGUUGUAUGCCAUGUUGUUUUCUGCAAUGUCGCCUCAGGGCGCAGUGGACGCUGUACAGAACGCACAGAGGUGUUUAAGCACUUCAGUCGGAAUCUCCGUGACAGCGGCAGGGAGACACGCCUUUCGCUGCACUGGUCUGCACCUUGCGUGCGAAAGUCUUGCGCUCGAUUUCACGCAUUUCUCACUUAGCUCCAUCGGUACAGCCUUGAAGGACAUCAAGUUCUUCCCGCGAUAGCGCACAAGUAUAUAGUGAUUCGUUCUCUCUCUGUCAUAUUACCG